ACGAGCACGAUCACGUGUCACUCGAGAAUCGAGGAACCGUUCGGCACGUUUCCGAGGGUGAGUGACGGUCUGGUGGUGGUAGUGGUGGUGGUGAUCCGUGUGCGCCGCCGCCAUCUUAUCCGAUUCCGUCGUUUCGGGCGUGCGAGCACGACGAGGGAACAGCGGAAUGAAAUGUUGUAAUGGCGAGUGCGUCUGUUCCGCAUAUUUGAUGUCGCGAUAAAGUUGGGGCGUAAACGCCGUCCGCCGUUAUCGGUUGGUCCCGACGUGAUUCCAACGCUCGCGGGCCUACUCAGAGCGGGCCGUCGUGUCGCCGGCUCGGCCCACGGAUCCGUAUUCGUUCCGUUGCUCAAAGAGGCGUCGAGACGCGACGCGCGUACGUACGUACAUACGUGAAUCAUACUCCGAGAUAUGGAGAGGUGCGACUCGAAUAACACGCGAUAAAUCGCAUUACUCACGUCGAUUACCCCGCGACACGCUACAUUCCGCGACACGUGCGACCGACGUAUCGCGAGCUCCCGCGACGGGCGGACGGACAAAAAACCUUUCGCGCGAUCUCGCCAUUGUCUCGCGUAAAUCUUUGGUGCACAUCUGCGUUGCUUAUCUCUUCAUAUAAUAUGAAAUCGGAGCGAGCAUGAAGGUAACCGUGUGCUUCGACAACGUCAGGGUGGUGGUCCCAUGCGGAGAUGGCACUCUGCUGGUCAAGGAUCUGAUGCACGAGGCGAUCCUGAGAUACAAAAAGGCCACUGGCAAGAAUGAUAACACCUUGACGAUCAACAGCCUGUCUUCCUUGACCGGGGGCGGCCUAUUGGAUCCGGACGACAGAUUGUGCGACGUAGCCGACGACAGGGAGCAGAUAGUGGCUCAUUUCACUAGCUCCGACGUCAGUCACGUUGGCGGAGAUGGCGCGAGCUCGGUCGGCACCAACAGCCCUGACUUUUUCCACCGGGACGUCAAGGAGCAAGCAUAUCCAAUCGAUAUCCAUUCCUCUAUGUCUAAUAGUAUUAAGAGAGAAAGCGCCAAGCGCUUGUCGAUGCACGCAUUGUCAACGAGGGAGCCUUCUCUCACAACGUAUUCUGCUCAAUCCCUACCUAGAGAGUCUCGACGUAGGGAACCCUUAGGUCAAGAUUCUAAAGCUUCGUACGAGUUUGGUAACAACGUCGAGUCUGGGAAUCAAGAGGUGCGAGAGAUAGUUAUAAAAAAUGAAGCAGGGCCACUGGGGCUCCACGUGGUGCCAUGUUACGACUUAUUAGGCAACGAUCAGGGACUCAGAGUCGAAGGUAUCGAACCAAAUGGCCGCAUCGCCAGGGACGGACAAAUUGAUUUGCAUGAUAAUAUUAUAAAGAUAAAUGGUCAUAACUUGUUGCGCAUACCGUUUUCAAAAGUACAAGAGAUUUUUAGAACAUGCAUGAAUGAUCCUUGUUUACAAAUUUCAGUUGUUAAACAUAAGAAGAAGAUGAGGAACGAAAAAUCUUUGCAUAAGAAUCACGGGAACACCAGUGGGGGAUCGGAGAAGACCGAAGGUGAUGAGAACGUCAAGAGACUUCAAUGCAGCAACUAUAAUCUUCUGCAGACUGCGAACACUAGGAAAAUUGGACGGAUGAUAGAAAUAGAAUUAGUUAAAGGAAGUAACGGUUUAGGAUUUAGCGUUACCACACGUGACAAUCCUGCCGGAGGACAUUGUCCCAUAUACAUUAAGAAUAUUUUACCAAAAGGCGCUGCGGUGGAAGAUGGCAGAUUGAGACCUGGCGAUAGGUUGCUAGAAGUAAAUAAUAAGGAGAUGACUGGCAAAAGCCAAGCGGAAGUCGUAUCGCUGCUCAGAAGUAUUCCUCCUGGUGGUAAAGUAAGGAUGGUAGUAUCGCGUCAAGAGGAGAUUUCUUCAAACAUUCCAGAUUCUCAGGGUGUUGCGACGUCUGCUGCUGCCCCGACUACCGAAAUAAUGGAUAAUUCAAAGUAUUGGAAUGCAUUAAAUAGAUCACCAGCGAAAAAGAAUGAUGUACACGAUAAAGUAAGCGCUCAAAUUUACGAGAAGUGCACUUAUAAACCAGUUCCGAGUAAGUCUUCCGAGGAUAUCGUCUUAUCUCCACGGAAGAAUCGCGUGAUAAUGAAUUUAGAUAUACCAGUACAUGAUUCUGAGAAGGCUGGUUUAGGUGUUAGUGUUAAAGGCAAAACCAACAGUUCUGACGAUAACACCAAUAUGGACUUGGGUAUUUUUAUAAAAAGUGUUAUCCACGGAGGUGCAGCGUCGAGGGACGGCCGCCUGCGGACCAAUGAUCAAUUGCUCAGAGUUAACGGCGUAUCUUUGCUGGGAUUAUCUAAUUCUGAAGCGAUGGAGACUUUAAGAAGAGCAAUGCUUAACACAGACAGCUCAGUAACCGGUGUGAUUAAUCUUAUAAUAGCUAGAAGGGUGUCAUCGUAUGACACAAGUGAGAAGAAUACUGUAGAUAAUAAUUUACAACCUCACCGUAAGCCGGAAUCUGUUAGCAGUAUAUACAUAUCGGAUUCUACUAAGAUGAAUGAUGGCAUAGUCAAGGAGAAAAACACUUUAAAUUCACAAACCGAUGUAUUGGAUAAUGGAGGACUAUUGUCUUGCGUAACAGCUUCGCCAUGGAACCCUGUCAUUGAUAGACUAACGGAGCAGUAUAGCAAGAGCAGCCUAAGAAACGAAAGUUACUGUCUUGCUACUAAUAAGACAUGGAUCGAGCCUAUUAAUAAUGUAAAGAAAAUUAUAGGACCACGCGACGAUCGAGUUGAAGCGGUAUUGCUCGAAGAAUCUAACAACGAUAGCUCUCAAGGAAGUGACGCCAAACGAAAUACCGAGGAUAAAGACAGCCAGUAUUCCGGAGAUCCUACGUAUGACAGUCAGUUAUCGUUGGAAGAAUUAAACUCUUCUUCAAAUAAGUUUUCUCGUGAUGCUCUUGGUAGACAGAGCAUGUCUGAGAAACGACACGCCGCGCUUGACGCUAAAAACACAGAUACUUACAAGAGGAACAAAAAGUUGCGCGAAGAGAAGAAUAAAAAUGCGGAACAAAUCAACCAGACGUCGACCAGCCAAACAAGUAAUCACUCGAGCGACUUGGGAGAUUAUUCGAAGAGGAGCGGCAAGUCAAACAAUUUUGAGAAACAUACGAGUAAAGGGGCCUUAGCUGGAAAUACAAGUGCCGACAAUAAUGUGAAACAUUACGAAAAGUCUGUUGAUGUUGCUCAAUCGGAAUACAUGUACACUAUACCCGGAUGUAAUAAUAAGUUUCUCUCGCCGAAGAAACAUUGGCUUGUGGACGAUGGACAUGGUGAAGUUACGAGUAGCAAUAAUAUCAAAGAUGAGAGAGAAGGUUUUUCGAAUAGUCGCGGAGAUGUAAAACAGGCUUCUCUUAAUUCAGCAUUAGAUGACCGAUAUAAGCGGAAGAAGAACGGCCUUCGGUCAAUACUCCGAUUGAAUAGGAAUAGGAAAUCACUUAAUUUUGGAGAUAGCAUAGAAGCGAGGCACGAAACUACAUUUCAGAUUACUCCAAGCACAAUUCUUUAUCAACAGAAGCGUUUUCGAGGCAAAAUUAAUAUACAAAAACCCAGAAAACCACAUUACCUGAGAGCAUUGGUAAACGAAUUUCUGACGCCUUUUUAUCCACUCCCAAAUCAAGGCAAGAAAUUAGAGGAAUUAUGCAACAACGCAAGAAAAGCUAUGGCAAGGAAGGAGGAAGAGGAAUAUAAUCCUUACCAAAGAAUAAUAGCACGUGAGGUCCGCAAUUGGUUUGACACUUCCAAAAUGGUUGCCAUUUGUCAUCAGAAUUCUAUGACAUCAGAGGACCAGUUUGAAUUCGAAGUUCCAUUGAGGAGGGCAAAUAUGUACUACAAACGAUAUAGCGCUAAGAUUAUGAAAUUAGCACUGACAGAUUCACCUUACGCGGCAACAAUGCCGUUGUAUUCGUCACAGUAUUCCAUUGUAUUUGGUUCUGACGCGAACGUCGCUGCCUUCGAAAAAAUUGUUAAAAAGUUUCCACAAGUUAUUUUAAUGGCGGGUAUACUAGAGGGACGUGUGUUCAGUAAGGACGAUUUUUUGAGAUACGGCAGAAUGGAUCUUACAUCAUCCCGGGUUUAUCUUGUUCAGGUGUUACAGAACGCAGGCGGUAACAACUUAAAUCAGCAGCUCACGCAUCAUCAGUCCACAUUAGUUACUCGAUUAAAACAGAUCGGUAAAAAUGAAACAACUUCCGGCGAGAACGAAGAAUCGGUGCCUGUAUAAUUGCAAAAAUUGCUUGUAUCGAUAAUUUAUUAUACAUCUUAGAUUUAUCGAAAGCUUUAAGUAAAGUAUGAUUUAUUUCCUUACACUUUGUAUUUGCGGUAAAAAUAAGAAGAAGCAUUGGUACAAAGUUAA